AUGUCGCCCGACCAUGGAUCAUCGCGCUCGCGACGAGGAGUUUGGAGUCACUGGGUGCCUCUCGCAGUUACACUUACUGUCGCAACUGUAGGUGUGGCUGCUUGGGUAUGGAGCCAGCGAAAGGACGCCGACGAAGAAGACGACAAUGGUCUUGAUUACAGUAACCAUGCCCGUGGAGGCGACAAUCAACCAUAUGGGUCCCGCGAUGUCGGCUCGCGCGACAUUCAAGGACCGGAGAAACCACCCAGACCCGAUGGUCAAAGCCACGGAAUUGCGCAUGCGAACGAAGAAGCAACCGGCGGAGGCUGGGGUUCGCGCGUGACUAGUGCUCUGCGACGAACACCGAGCCCGCAGCAGUUCUUCGACUCGACAGGUAAGACUGUGGCGGCUGGUGUCGCAGCUGCAAGCGCAGCUAUGGGCAAGGCUUUAGCCUCCAUUCGCGAGGAGGACAAGAGCCCCUUUGACGAUACCAACCCCUGGCAAGAGGAAGAAGAAGCUAAGAAUGAACGAGCGCCCGCCGAUACGUCGUCCCAACACAUCGGCGGCAAUAGGCGACGCAAGACGGUUGCGAUUGUGGUGUCUGCCGAGACAGGCGCCGUGCCUGAAGAGGAGGAUCCUUUCCAUGAGCACGCUUCUAUCCUCUCCCACAUUCCUCGACAUAUCGAUCACUCUAAGGUCAAGCUAUUCGUUCUGAUCUACGCCCCUGGUUUGAAGGAAUCCGCUUUGGAUACUGCUAAUAGUAACCUUCCGCCACCUUCGCUAAGCUCUUCAUUUUCUAACAUUGGACACGAUCAAGUUCAAACUCCUGCUGAAGAGUCCAAGAACCAGCUUGAAUCCGCAAGCCCUGCCUUCAACUCUAUCUAUUCGCAGGCAUUGGGUUUGGUUGAGAAGGAAACCAUGGUUCUCCCUUUUACGACAUCAAACGGCCAUGUUCACAUCCUGCGACACCUUCAACCAGAAGUUAUCUAUCUCCAGAAAGCCCUUUCUGGUCAAGAUGGUAGCAUCAUCACGACUCUCCAGACCUGGCUUCGACAUGACGUCAUUCUGGUUGUUGGUGCAGAUGGUGGUUCUGGAGGUUUGGCAGAUAGCGAAUCUGAGGCUGAGCGAUCUAGUAACAGUAAAGAGUGGUGGCAGCGAUCUGAACGAGUUGGAAGGGGACGUGGAGUUGUGGUUGUUGAUAGUAUGAGGCUAAACGACGAUUGGGCGCGUCGAGUUCAGGGACGUGAGUGA